AUGCCCAAACGACACGUCGUGCAGAUGUCUACCAGCCACGCCAGCUACAGUGUCUGCGUGUUGGGUACCGAGGUCUUCCUUGAUACACGCAGAUCUACCCCCAAAGGUGCCACGUCAUUUGAUGUCCAUGCCACCUCUGCGGUUACGGUCCACAUCAUCCACAGCCCGAUUACAAAACCCAUGAUUGACUCCAGAUGGCCCCUGGAUCCCGAUAUAGAGGUUAUAGUGACCAUUGAUGUCACCAGCAGGACUGUCAAUGACAAUAAGGUUAAGAUUUCGUACUAUGGACAGGAAGGCAAUGAGCUUUCGGUGGCUUGGUUGUAUCUCACCUGCGUAGAUGUAUCCCUGGAUGUGGACUUGAGCCGUAAUGGCAGAGUGAAGAGCAAAGGGAAGGACAAGGCCAAGUGGACGUGGGGUCCAGAUGGGCAAGGCGCCGUACUGCUGGUCAACUGCGACCGGGACAGCCCUGGCACAGGGGGGACGGACAGUAGUGAGGUGGACAUACGGACCACUGCAGACCUUCAGGACAUGUCUGUCAUGCUGCUGCGGACUCAAGGUCCCAGCGCUAUCUUUGCUGAGUACCAGGUGGUCCUGCAUGUCCCAGAGUCGGACGCGGAUAAAGUGCGGGUUUUCCACGCUAUCCGGAGUGGCCCACACCCCCACUACAAACCCGUGUUGGGACCGGACAAGCUCUCCUACGUGCUGGACCACGUUGGUGGUGGAGAAAACACCUUCUACGUUGAAGGGUUGGCUUUCCCUGAUGUGGGCUUCUCUGGGUUGGUUUCCUUCAGCGUCAGCUUGCUGGAGGUCCCCCAUAAGAAUUCACCAGGCACCCCAAUUUUCACGGAUACUGUGGUUUUCCGCAUGGCGCCCUGGAUAAUGACGCCCAACACCCAGCAGCCUAUGGAGGUUUUUGUCUGCAGCAGCUAUAGGUUGACCAUCUGCUCAGAGAUGGAAACCCGCAGUGACCGCUGGAUCCAGGAUGAACUGGAGUUUGGUUACGUGCAAGCACCGCACAAGACCUUCCCCGUUGUCUUUGACUCACCCAGGAACAGAGGCUUGAAGGAUUUUGCUUUUAAAAAGAUCCUGGGCCCCGAUUUUGGCUACGUGACCCGUGAGCCCCCCAUGAAAGACAUCUCCAGCCUUGACUCCUUCGGCAACCUGGAUGUCAGCCCACCAGUGACGGUGCGAGGGAAGGAGUAUCCCCUGGGCCGGAUCCUGAUCGGCAGCCCCCUGCCUUG